ACCACCGGCAGUCGCAGAAUGGCGCCCGCUUCGGCAGCACGUCGCGCCGCGCUUACUUGAGCCUGACACGCGCGUACAACUGCCGACUGCGGCUGUCCGCAUAGACAUACCGUCCGGUACGAUGACUGUCCGUAACCGUGGACCCGCCAGCCGCGCUUUCUACGCUCCAACGGUACAGGGUGACCGCGAUCCAAGCCGUUACACUAAUCUUGUUUACAUCCCAACUGUUUACUAGACCUAUUAUAAAGUUUCCCGACCAUCAACAUUUACUACAUCGUGCGAAUGCGUACCGGCUGAAACAUUGCGAAACUUUUGUAGUGAAGUUUAAAAAUAAAUUUGCGUCAGUGCUGAGUGACGCUUGAUCGAGAUGUGCUCGUGCAGCAAGUUCUACGACUUUUGGAAAAACUCAUGUGGUGCAGGCAUGUCCUUAGAUGAGGGUAGACAGUCGCAGCGCCCAUACCGCUAUGGCAUGGUGUUGCUGUGCGCGGGCGCGCUCAUAAACUGGCUGGGCUUGGCCGAGGACUACGCGGAGCCCGUGCGCUACGUUGGCGUGGCCUGCAUCGUCGCCGGAGCUCUGCUCAUCUGCGCCGCCAUGUGCUGCUGGCUGCAGUCCCCGGCGCGCCAGCCGCAGAAUGACCGCGCUUCGCCAGACACCCACCAAAUUGACGAUCCUAUCCACGUUAUAUCAAUGCCAGAUGAGGAAACGAUGCAGCAGAAGCCACCAGACUACGACACUGUGGCGGGCGCGCCGCCUACCUAUGACGACGCCAUCAAGUUGAACCCGGCGAGACUGUUGCCGGCUACGAGCAGUGCGCGGAGCCCCGCAGCCAGCCACCAUGCUCCCAGCACUGAAGUGACCAUCAUUCCUGGCCAGCUGGACGACGCACAGGCCGUGGCCUCCGUGCACGCCCCCCACGUGCAAUCACAGGUCCCCAAGACCCCGCCACCGCCGUACAGACCACCCCAAGCGAUCAGAUGAAAGGUCACCCGGAAACAUGUGCUACUUUAAAUCGACUGCUGUUUCAUGUGAUGUGACUUGUAAGUUGUAAAUAUGUUGACGCCGUGAGCCGCGAGCGUUUGAUCAGCCACGUGGCUCUACGGACUCGUUGAAAUGUUGCGGUAUUAUAUUGAUCGUAUAUCACACAUAUCCACACAUGGAACUCUUAUUAUUAGGAUGUCGAGCGUAGGAACGAUGCGUACUUAUGUGAUAUUAAAAAAGUUAAAUGUUUAACUUAAUUUACCUACCCUCUUGUAUAUACUUAUUUUAAAGACCUCAUUAUAAAUUAAUUUGUUGAUUAGUGGGCAAAUUAUAACAUGUACCUACCCUUAAGUAAUACAUUUUCUACCACAUGGCAUAAACUCCUGUUACCUAAUUUAUUUAUUAAGUAAACGUAGGCAGCUUAAUUCAAAAUAUGAAAAGAAAAAAGUCUAUGUAGCAUUUAGAAUCAAUGAAAACAACAGUGCCAUUAAAAGAAUAACUAAGGUAGAUUUUUAAUCUUAAAAACUUACAUUUGGUACAGUAUUAU